GUAAGACAAAAGUAGUGUUAAAUAAUAAAUAAAUGUAGGCAACAUUUCAUAAAAAUGUCACCACGUCUCAAAAUAUCAAAAUAUGUUUUUGAGCGUUUAUCCAAAAUCGAUACAAAUGAGACGACAGGAUGCCUAUUUGGCCUCAUGUACGAUGGUACAUUACUUGUUGUGGGGAUGAGUUUGGAGUUUUUUGAAAAUGAAAAGAAAACUUAUAGACAGCUUCUUCUUUCCUUGCCGGCUGAAAUAGAAUUAUGUGGUGUUGUCAAAUUUGCGAAAACACUGUCUAUAGAGUCCAGACCUAAAGAGAUACUACAGGAUGUAGACAUAACUGACAAUCCUCUUUUUAUUAUAAUAAAUGAAGAUAAGGAAAUAAAAGCUCACUUUCUAGUCCAUGACAAAUUUGAAGAGACAAGCUAUGAGGUCCUUCAGACUGAAGAGUUGUGGAAACAAUUUAUUCAUGUGCGUCUGAAUACCAUUCUGCCAUUAACAUGUGAAGCAACUAUGCCGGGAGUAAAAAAUAUCUUGCAAAAUAAAAGAAAAAAGAUCGCAUCUGGAGAGGUAUCAUUUCAAAUAGAUGGAACGGCAGUGUAUUUAUUUGGAAUUGCUUCAGAUGUUGGUGUUACUGGUACAAGUACAGAGACAAAUGUUGGAGAUUUUAUUGACUCUUUAAGCCCAGAUCUGUCAUCUAAAAAGAAAAAAUACACUUUGAAUAAAGUUGAAAUAGUACCUGUUAAUCUAGUAUUAAAAGCUACAAAGGACAUAUUAUCAGAUAAACUUGUAAAAACGGCUGUAAAAAUGAUGACAACACAAAGGAAACCUGCAUUUUGUAUUAGCAUGCCAUUAAGAGUGGAUACAUUAGCAAUGAUUCACAGAAAUACAAAGCUUUCUGAGCUAUACACAGCUUUAGUAGAAGCUGCAUGUCGCUCUCUCAAGUUACUUGAAACUGUACUGCUGGAACAGUUAGGACAAGAGGGUAUUGGUGAUGGAGCUGGGUUACGUUUGCCUGAAACUUUUCACUUUCUGCCUCAAGAACUUGGGCAUUUUGUCACAAGAGUAGUACCGAAAGGCAUACCUGAUGAAAGUAUGGAAAAGGAAAGAAAGCUGCUCCAUGAACAGUUAUGUUUACCACUGGAUAGACCAAUGUUUCGACGAGGGAAUGCAUUUUCUACUAAUCUUGGAAAACUUGUGAAUAUACAUGAGGCCAUACCUUCUCCGCCAAUUAAGCCUGACACGACAGUGGCAUUAGUCCACGGGAGAUAUACCUAUCAUCAUUAUAUGCAAGACAACUUCAAUGAUGAUGGUUGGGGUUGUGCUUACCGCUCAAUGCAAACUAUAUUCUCAUGGUUUAGGUUUCAAGGGUAUACAACAGUAGACAUACCAACUCACAGAGAUAUACAACAGUGCCUUGUUAAUAUUGGUGAUAAACCAUCCUCGUUUUUAGGUUCUAAGCAAUGGAUAGGAUCUACAGAAGUAAUGUUUUGUUUGGAAACUCUUUUGGGUGUACAAUCGAGAAUUAUAUUUGCCAAUACAGGAUCAGAUUUGAUAAAUUACACUCCCGAACUUGUACACCAUUUCCAGAAACAUGGAAGUCCUAUUAUGAUAGGUGGCGGUGUAUUAGCACAUACAAUUAUAGGUGUGGAGUACAAUUCCGUAACAAAUGACACUCGUUACCUCAUAUUAGAUCCUCACUUCACCGGUGCCGAUGAUAUUAAUGUAGUUGUCAAUAAGGGUUGGUGUGGAUGGAAGAAUUCAGACUUUUGGAACAAAACUGCACAUUAUAACUUGUGCUUACCACAGACUAAACCUGUUAUAUAAUAAUUUUAUCAUUUGUAAAAUAUAUAGCCUUUUAGGUAGAUUGUCUCCCGCAUUUACUAUAAUUGGUACUUUAGGAAAAUGGGUUUGAACCACAUUUUUGGGAAAGCAUUCGUGAAACCAAUUUUUAUAUUAGUCCAAUGCUAGAUAUUUUCAAUUUGUUACUGGUGUAAGUAUCUAUUAUGAAGUACUUUUGCAUUUAGACAUAACUAUAAAAGACUGGUUGGGUUGUGUAGGCUGAUUUCAAUGCUUUUUAUUUUGCAGACAUAUUUCUUUAAAUCUACCUAGUAAAAAUAUUUGACAAAAGUAUUUUAUCAUUCUUGAGGCAUCUAAUAAAUCAUUUUUAUGUAACCGUGAAAGACAAUAGUAAUCUUUUCAGUCAUAAUACCCUAAAAAACGGCUUAUGCAUUUUAAAAAUAUUGAUCUUACUAUGCAAUUGUAACUUGAAUACAUUGUUAUAUAUUUUGUACCAAUAAAAUUAUGAUUUUCA